GUCUUUUUAUUUUCCCUUCCUAUUUUUCUGUUUAUCAUAUUUAUCGUUUUUUCCAUCUUGUUUCUUCGGCAAUUACUCGCCGAUUAACUCUUGCAUUCUCCGCGAUCCAAUUCCAACAUGCCGGCGCCGCCUCUUUAGUUGCCGGGUUUUUUUUUUUUCUCUCUCUCUCCAGAUCCGAGGGAUCACUAUCAGGUCUUGAUGUUUUAGUUCAACUAAGGGGAGGGGAGCUGUAAAGAAAUUGUUUUUUGGGUGCCCAGAUGAGAAGAACUGAUGUUAAUAGCAGUAGAAGGAGGAGGAUUCUUCUCUUCUUCAGCAUCUGGGUAUAGCAAGGGCCUGGCCCUUCUUCUUUUGGGUCAGAAGAACGAAGAUAGGCCCAUGAGAGUUGCGCCGUGGAACCAUUACCGGUUGGUGGAGCAAGAACCAGAUCCUGACCUCCAGCUGGCUUCCAUUAAGAACCGGCUUUCCCGCGGGUGCGCCUCCUUCGUCUGCUUUGGUCGCGCUUCUGCAGGACUUGAUAGCCCAUCUCCUCUGAAAGUAGGCCCUACACAACAGCAGGAUGUCUUACAGGGACCUCUUGUUUCUGAGCACAGCAAGGAUCAUUCAACUGAUCUAAAUGAUAGUAAUGGUAAUGCAAGAAAUGUUUCUCUGAAGAGUAGCUUGAAGAAAGCAUCAAAUAAUAUCCCGGCAACCGUUGUGUCGAAUAGCACCCCAGCACCUGCUAGGGAUGUUGAUCAAUGUGAGGCAUUGGGAGAAAAAGAUAGUGGUAUAGCUGGUCAUGCUGAACGAAGGAAAGUGCAGUGGACUGAUGUUUGUGGUAAUGAGCUUGUUGAAAUCAGGGAAUUUGAACCCAGUGAAACUGGCGGAUCAGAUGAUGAAUUCGAUCAUGGAAAUGAAAGAACUUGUUCAUGUAGAAUUAUGUAAUUUGGCCUUCAUUUUGGAUUCAAGGACCAAAUACCAUUAGGUAAAUUACUGCCAACAGAGCUCCUCUGCUCUCAAGGUGGUCAUCUGAUUUCUCGGCAAAAGAGAAGCAAGUUUUUGAGUGCUCAUCACAACCAGCACACGACCAGCAACCAUCUCUCUCAUCCACCUUCGGUUGGAUUGAGCAUUUGUGUCUAUAUUGAGAUUUCAAUUUUGUCAAUCCCGAGCCUCAUUUUACUUAUAUUUAUUCUUGUUGCAUUGCAUGACUCCUGUCCAUUAUUUUGUCGUAAUUAUUGUGUUAUAUUUUUACAGCUGAAUUAUUCAUGUUUACCACUUACUCAUCACUUCUCCAAGUAGUGAGAGACGAUUGCAUAAUGUGCUUGUAUUACUAUUAUUAUUAUUUUUCAUGUAGAAAUCAAGGAUCAAUUAAGAA